CCAAAAAGGAGUAGACAGAGUGGAGGCUGAGGACACGUCCUCACUGCCCCCCCAGGAGGGGAUGAGUCAGAGGUGGGGGGCUGCUUCAUGCCGGAGCCGUGCCCAGCUCCUACCUCAGGGGCUGAGAGAGAUAAAUGGGCCCGGAAGGGGGCAGAGGCCCGACCACAGCACAGCACCGCCUGGUCCCAGCCGCGGGCAGCCCCGGCGGCCCCACCUUGCUCCAGAAGAGGCUGCUGCUGCCUGACCACGCGAUGACCAGGUGGGCUCUGCUGGUGCUGAUGAUCCUGACGUCGGGCAGGGCCCUGCUUGUCCCCAUGACCCCUAUUCCAGCCUUCCAGCUCCUCCCUCAGAACCCUCCCCAAGCCACUCCCCGCCCUGUGGCCUCAGAGAGCCCCUCAGCCAGCACCGUGGGCCCCUCCACUGCUUGGGGCCACCCUAGCCCUGGCCCCCGCCCAGGCCCCCGCAUCACUCUCUCACUGGAUGUCCCCAUUGGCCUCCUGCGGAUCUUACUGGAGCAAGCCCGAGCCAGAGCUGUGAGGGAGCAGGCCGCUGCCAACGCUCGCAUCCUGGCCCAUGUUGGCCGCCGCUGAGCCUCAGGGCGGGGGUCACCCUGAAUUAGGAGACCUGGAAGGCAGCAGCAGAGCAGGACGCACUACAUCUGGGCACAGUGCGCCUGGCCACAGCCCCGUGCAGUCACUGCCAUGUGGUGUCAUAUCACAGCUGAGUGCCUCACAGAGCCACAGUUUGUUUGGACAGCCCGGGCAUUGCCAUAUCGGGUGACUGCCAAAUGGAGUCUUGCCAUACCUGGAGCCACACAGACUUACAAUAUGUCUGGACAGCUUGGACACUACUGUGGAAUGUGACUACCGUGUGGAGUCUUGCCAUGUCUGGGUGCCCCACAGUCAAAGAGCAAGAAUCUGGACACUGCCAAUGUGGCCACUCUUGUGCCAGUUUUAGGAACCUCAACAUAGGAGCCCAGUAUUGCAUCUCAGACCCAUCCACCUAAGACCAGACCUGCAGGUCUUCCCUGCCCCCAACAGGUCACCACACAGGGGAGUGCAGGCUGAGGGUCACAUGCAUGUUUUGUGCUUCAUGAGGCAGCACCCACCCCAGAAGAAUGGGGCCGUCACAGGCAUCUCCAGGCAUGGGUGACCGUACGUGGAAAGUCUGUGGUUGUGACAGCCUUGCCUUGUGGUAGGUGUACGUGUGAUCGGUGGGUGCAUCUCUGCUGUGGGUGUGUGGGGGUGAGGGGAGGGCAUGCGAGGGGGCUGGGAAGAACAGAUACUUGUCCCCCAAACCCACAUGAAGCACACUCAACACACAGCCAGGCACUGUCCUACCCACAGCCCUGCACACCUGGCCUCGGCCCUUGGACACACGAUGACUCAGGAGAGAGGAGGCUUGGGCUGCUGGGGCUCCGGUCCAGCCCCAUACCUCCUUUGUUGAAUUGUCCCAAGCAAACUAAAAUGUGCUCACCUUUCCAAGCCUUAGUUUCUUCCUCUGUAAAGCAGAAUGAUGCCACCAAGCUUCUUGCAAACAUUGAGUGACGGUGCACUUGAAGGUUCUAGCACGCAGGAAGAGCUCAAUAAAUGUAGUGACUGGA